AUGCUCAAUGACAGAGUUCAAGAAGAGGUGAGCAACCUCCGAAAGGAAAAAGAAAACCUGUUGAAAGAUCUUCACACACUACCAGAUUCCCUCAGAUCAAAAUUUUUACCUCUGGAAAAGUAUGAAGAGACACAGAAAGAAUUUGGUUACCUUCUGAAGAUUCUGCAGAACCACACAGUUCAUGCAUGUGACGGGGAUCGCCUCUCAGUAAGCUGCCCACCUCAGACAUCCAUUAGCAUUCUGUCUGCUUUCUAUGGUCGCCGUGUUCCCAGCGAACACCUGUGUCCCAGUACAAGAAAUACUUCAGCUGAAAGCACCAAUUGUGCUGCCCUCACUGCUAUACCGAAAGUAUAUGAUGAAUGUCAAGACGAGCGCUCCUGCCAGUUUUCAGUCAACAGUCGGCUCUUUGGACUUGAUCCCUGUCCUGGGACCAGAAAAUAUCUGAUUGUUUCAUUUAAAUGCAAACCUGAUGGACACAAAAGCAAACUUGUGUGCGAGAAUGAGAAACUACAACUCCAGUGUAAGAACCAAAGCAUCCUUGUCAUUUACGCUGCAAGUUUUGGACGAGCCCUCUAUGGGAAUAUGGAAUGCCCCUCAGUGAACAACACAACGCCAGAUAUCGAGUGCUUGUCACCUACAGCUUUAAGACAAACAUCAUCGAGCUGCCAUGGCAAACCUAAUUGUUCGAUCAUUGCCAGUGUUGUGAGUUUCGGUGAUCCCUGUUUCCCUGGAGUCCGCAAACAACUCCAAGUAUCAUACACAUGUGUUCCAAAAAAGCUGUUUGAAGAAGCUGGUCAAGGAGCAGUGAAGCCAUUCUUAAUAUCGGAUUAUACGCAUGGUGGUUGGUAUAAUGGCCCAAGAAUAUCCAUGCUUUAUGCCAAAGAUGUCGUGAUUGUUAGCAGUUCUCUGGCCACUCUUGCGCACAUUAGGGGUCUCCCGGAGAAAGCAGCUCUGUUCUUCGUGUCAGGUGUGUGUUCUGGCUUGGUAUUCAUCCUCUGUGCUUUUGGAUUUCACGUGUUGGUGAGACAAGACAUCAGGAAGCUCCUUAGUGAGCCAGAAGACAACCAAGAAAGUGAAAAUGAGCAUACCAAGAUUUCAGAUGAUGAGGAUGACGCCUCUUCUGAUGCUUCAUUUCGACAGCUGACCAGACAGUACAGGACCUCAGACAAUAUCUUCAGCCCAGAAGUGGCAGCUGUGAUGGUUGACAGAGUCGAGCAGAAGGAGCAAGGAGACAAAGAAAUGUGGCUGAAUAAGGAGUCUAGUCCCUACGCAAUCCAAAAUCUGAAUUUGCAUCCUAGAUGA